UUCUUUUCUUUUUUCAUUAAAGACCGAUGUUUUGUGGUUAAUUUGAAAAGUUAUACAAACAUUGAACAGAAGUCUGUGUGAACAAUGUGUUCCGAAGCUGUAUGUCAGGCAGGAGGACGUUGUUUGUCCGUUUUUUUAAAGCGGUACUUGGAGGCAACAUCGCUUACCUGUUGUUCAGGUCCAGCUGUUUCGAAUGAUUCAGGGACGCGUAACCGGGAGAAGUGCUAGGACACAUGCACUGUCAGUGCUAACUAAAUAAGACUUUCUCCUUCUUUUGACGUAAAGUCAAGUCACCGAAUUCAUAAAGGAAAUGUCCGGAUGGAGGAGACUCUAAAGUGAAAGCUACAAAAUAAAGCUUGGAAUGCAGGUGAUUCACACACGAACUCAAUUAUGACCAUUGACAACAUUACGUCGAGCAGCUGCUACAGCAACCAAAGCGUCACCUUCUUCUAUCAACAUGCGAAUAAAGCGAUCGGAGGGAACUGGACUACGCGGGACUACCUGGUCCUAGGACUAGGCUUGCCCUUAUCUUUCAUAGUGGUGUUGGCCAACCUGUUGGUGAUGGCAGCCAUCCUCAUGAACCGCCGCUUCCACUUCCCCAUUUACUACCUGCUGGGAAACAUGGCAGCAGCAGACUUGUUUGCAGGUUUGGCCUAUACCAACCUGAUACUCAACACGGGACCCUGGACAGCGACGCUCACCAAGAAGCAGUGGUACAUCCGUGGGGCUUUGAUCGACAUCAGCCUGACUGCCUCCGUCGCCAACCUCCUGGCGGUGGCUGUGGAACGCCACCAGACCAUCAUCACUAUGCAGCUGCACAGCACCAUGACCAAGAGGCGCGUGGUGCUGCUCAUCAUCUCCAUCUGGGCCGUAGGGAUCAUCAUGGGUCUGGUGCCGUCGCUGUUUUGGAACUGCGAAUGCGAUCUCUCGGACUGCUCCACUGUCGCGCCCCUCUACAGCCGCCGCUUCUUGAUUUUCUGGGCACUUCUCAACCUGCUCACCUUUUUCGUUAUGCUGGGCAUGUACUCUCACAUAUUCUUUCACGUGAAACGCCAGGGUCGCCACACUUCUCAGCACGUCUCGGAGGCACGGCAGCAGACCAUCAUCAACCUGAUGAAAACCAUUUCUAUGGUGCUGGGCGCCUUCGUGAUCUGCUGGACACCUGGCCUCAUCGUUCUCCUCCUGGACGGGCUGCAGGGUAAAAAUGGCAACGCCAACAAAUACGAGAAAUACUGUUUGGUGAUAGCGGAGUGCAACUCUCUGGUCAAUCCGAUCAUUUAUUCCUUACGCGACGCCGAGAUGCGGAAAACGUUCAAGUGGAUCCUUUGCUGCUUCUGUCGACAUGGAGGCUGUCAGCCCAGGGAGACUCUGUCGACAGAAAUGGACUCUCCAUUGAAAGAGAAAUCUCUUAGCUACAAGUUGGAAGAUUCAGUCUUGUGGAAGAAUCCGGACAGACAGUAAAGAUGACAAGGGGACAGACUCUGUGGUAUGACAGAAAAUCAAACGUAUUGUAACCAUAGUGUAUAUAUUUGUAAAUCUUGUGUUGACGUUAAAAAUUUUGAAUGAAUUAAAGGAAAAAAAAUAUUAUAG